UUUUUUUUUUUUUUUUUUUUUGGCUUUUCACAUAUGGAGGAUUAUUGUUUGUUCCAUUCUUAGGCCAAAGUAGUUUAGUGCUUUUAUAUGUUACUUCUGAUUUACAUGGCAUCAAUGUAGUGACUGUAUGAUGCCUGCUGUUGCAAAGGAGUUCUGACAAAUUACUACAUCCUAUUUUUUUAUUGUUGAUUAGUACAUCCGUCCAUGGUCUAGACAUGGAUCUUAUAAUUGUGGUGUAAGUGAUCCGAAAAAAAAUUGUGGUGUAAAUUAUAAGCUUAUUAGAGUUCUCUCACGUAUAAAUCCAUAGAUUAUCUUAUUAAUAAAAUUUAUGUUCCCUUAACAUUGUAAUGGUCAAUAAAUCAUUACUUUCAACAAAUGCGAAUGAUUUAUGAAUUUUAACUGUUUACGGUUCUGUAUCCAGAAAUGGAAUGGCUUAUGAAUAUUAACUGUUUACAGUUGUAUGCCUAGAAUUUGGGAUUCCACUCGGAGUCAAUUUUUAUUUUUGUUUUUACUAUACGUUAGAUUCUAUUCCUUUCUUCCCAAUUUAUGUGACACUCUUUCCUUUUUAGUCAAUUCCAAAAAGAAUGACACAUUUCUAUGUUUAGUAGCAACUUUAAAAUUUUCAUUUUACCCUUAGUGAGAUGAUUAAUAGCAACACAAAUAUCUAUUGGUUCUUUUAGACCACAAGUUUCCAAAGUCUUGCUUCAUUUCUUAGGACAUGGUUGUAGGAAAAAACAGAGGUUGGUAGAUCUAAAAAGUCUUGCUUUAUUUCUUAAACUCCGUGUCCUGUCAAAUACCUUCACAUAAAUUGUGACGCAGGGAGUAGCUAUUAUUUAUCUGACAUAGUAAUGAAUGUUUCUUUUUAAAAAAGGAUUAUUGUAUAUGCAGUAGCAAUGGCAGAUUCUGAUCAAGAGAAUGGAGAUGCCUACAGAAGUGUUCUUAAGACAAAUGAUGGUGUUGGUCGAUUGGCCCUUUAUCACUCAUCCAUUGGCAGGUUAUUCUCACCCUUCCUUUGUGCUUAAAACAGUUAUAAGAAAUCAUGAAAGUACCUCUUCUAUUAUUAUUUUUACAGAAAAUCCGUCAUAAGGAAGUGAAAGAGGCACAUAACAUAGGACUGAAGAGCGCUAGAGGUCUUAAAUUUGCAGUUGGAUGUCGUAUAAGCUCCCCCAGGCCCCAGCAUGUAACUUAGGAGCAUGUAACUUAGGGAGCUUAGCUCUAGCUGCAAAGUCUAUUGAAUAGUUUUGCAGCUAGUUGUUGGCCUUGAUUUUUUAUUCCUCAGAAUGUUAGCUAUACAUUUGUGAUGAGUUGCAAGUUAGCCUUACUGCUUUACAGUUAGAAAUGUUGAUGAGCUUACUUGUAGUAUUGGAAGAAGCUCAUUUCAAGCAGUCGGGGAGGAUUCACACUGUUGUUUGCCUCCUGAAAUAUUACUGUUUACUGUUUAGGCAAACUAAAUUGUUCUUUAACUUUGACGACUGCAAUAUGAGUUUAACUUUAAUUUUUCGAUAAGUGAAUGAGCUCAGCUUUUUACGUGUCAAAUAGAAGAUAUUUUCUUGAUUGGGUUUCUCUUCUGUUACCUUUUCUUCUGUAAUAAAAAAAACAAUCUCUGUGUCUUGAUUUCGUCAUUCAUUAUUUACGUUGUAUUCAGAAAUUUGAAAAAUGAAGUUCUGAUUGUGCUAAACAUUUGAUUCACUGUUUAUCGUAUCCAUUCUUCAGUACUCGUUAAUUGAUGUUUAAUUUUCUGGAUUUCUUUGAAUUGUUGUUCUCCUUAGUAGUCUUCCCUGAGGCUAAUAUUCUAUCUUCAACUUGUUUCCAGGUUCUUCGGAUGCCUGUUUAUUCUCUCCUUAUGGACAGGGUUCAAAGAGAUGCUAUUCUUGUUCCUAUAAGACUUCAACCGUGCUUGUUUGGUGCAACUAAGUUUUUGUAAAGUUCAUGAGUUGACAUGCUGUUUCAUGAUUUCACAAGCUAGUGGGUGUUACAAGGGUGUUUGCUUGGCUUCUGAACAAGAAUUGUUCAGCAAUAAGCUGAUAUUAGCUCCAUCUUUUGUGGUUCAAUCCCCACCACCUCAUUCUUCCCCUGAUGCUUGUGAUUUUGGCUCGGGAAAUACUACUGAGAAGCUGGCGAGGAGUAUAUGCAUCUCAAAGCACUCUUUGAAAUUGGAUGUAGCCAAUUGUUUGGCAUUUUUUCCUCCUAGAUGGGACGAAGCUGUUACAUGCAGCCAUCAAUGUGCUGUUCGCAUUCCUGUUUCUGGAAGUUCUGGAGAUAGUAAUUCUGCAGAUGACCAAAUUGAAACUGGGGAUGCAAAACCUGCUUUACUUUGGAGUGCCUUGUACACUCAAGAACUUGCUAAGUUUCAGGAUGUACUAGAUAACAUCAUUUGUACCCCAUGCCAGAUGGGAGUAUUACCAUGAUCUUCUGGGUGCUACAGAAAAGAUAUAUCGAGAGUUGUAUUCUGGUGAAGAGUUCUUUCCCAAGUCAACCUCAUCGGAGGAGGGUGCUGGCCAAGAGCUCGAGGACUAGACACCAAUAUUAAUGCUGCUGGACAUGUUUCGUUUUAGCUGACAAAGGGGUGGCUGAAUAAUACAUUUUACAUUGACAGUGACAACAAGAAUAUCGUUGAAGUGGGGUUUGUCCCUAUAUAUACCAUUAUUAAAGUGUUUAGACGAAACACUUUUGUUGUGGUAA